UUGGCUGUCAAAACAUCCUCGUAAAUUUUUUGGGACAAUAUUUUCUUUUAAUUAAUGUUCUGAACUAGCUGGAACCCGAUGGAAACGAUGUCGGGGGGUAAACUUGAAGUAAUCUGGUCCCCGGUCCACCACGACAAGUUCAUUAUUUGGGGUUCCGACAUAACCUUGUAUCAGGUUUCAAGACUCAAAGAUAUUGAGAAAAAGACUGCUUUCACUCAGAUAUCGGGCAACCGCGGGGCGACGGUGAUUGCGUCGCAGAGCGCGAACGGCGUGCGAUGCGUGGACGUGAGCGCGGCGCCGGAGCAGGCGGAGCCGCUGCUGGCGCUGGGCCACGCGAGCGGCCGCGUGUCGCUCACCGCGCUCAAGCAGACCCUCGACCCGCUGGGGCUGGUCGGCAGGGAGUUCAAUCCCCGAUACUCUCGGCUUUGCAACUCGGUGUCAUGGAGCCACGUGGAAACAAACCUGCUGGCAGUGGCUAUGGAGAAACACCGCAGCGACCAUUGCAUACUGCUGUGGGAUGUGAACAGAGGCUCUACCCCACCUGAAGAAUCCAAAAGUGCAGAAGCAGCCUUGGUACCUACACCUGACUCAGCCAAGCCUCUAGCAGAGAUGGGUCUCUCGGAGACAGCCCACAAUGUGUCUUGGUCAAACUGUUCAAACCGUACUCUGCUGGCUAGUGUCAAUCUUAAAUACAUCAAGAUAUUUGAUCUAAGAGACUUAUCGAACAAGGGCGUGCUGGUGGCCACGAGCCGGUACUGCUACGGCGCGUGCUCGGACCCCUUCAACCCGUGGCAGCUGGCGUCGCGCGGCGAGAGCGUGGUGUGCGUGUGGGACGCGCGCGCGCUGCAGCGCCCGCUGCUCACGCUGCCGCAGCCGCGCCACGUCACGCGCAUCCAGUGGUGCCCCACCAGACGCAACCUGCUGCUGUCGCUGCAGCGCGACGCGAGCGCGCUGCGCCUGCACGACGUGCAGCAGGGCGGGCGCGCGCCGGCGGAGCCCGAGGGCGCCGUGGAGGCGGAGCCCGAGGAGCCGGAGCGCGGCCCGAGCGUGCUGGAGCGCGACGUCACGCCCGCGCCGCCCGCGCCCGCUGCCGCCGCGCCCGCGCCCCUCGCGGCUUUCUGCUGGCACCCUGCGCACGAGGCGCGCCUGUUGGCUGUCAAUGUAGCAGGCGGCGUGUGCGACUACACGGUGUGCGAGCGCGUGACGGUGGCGUGGGGCGGCGGCGGGCUGGUGUGGGCGGGCGGCGGCGGGCGCCUGCGCUUCCUGCCCGACGCACAGCAGCGCGACCUGCACGACAUCUCCUACACUAUGCGCCGCCGCGCGCAGACCGACUAUGGACUCAAGGGUUUCGUAGCCAAAUGGAGCAGCGAGCGCACGCGCGCGCUUUCGCUGUGCGGCUGGGGCUGGGGCUGGGAGAACGCGGCGGCCGGCGUGGAGCGCGCGGAGGCGGCGGGCACGCCCUGCCGCGCCGCCGCGCUCGCCGCCUUCCACCUGCGCCUGCGCCACGCGCUCGACGUGCUGGCGCGCGCGCGCGAGCCGCAGCUCAGGGUAGUGGCACUGGCGCUGGCUGGUCUAAGCGACGAGCGUUUAUGGCGCGACGCUUUAGCAGCGGCGGCGCCGGCGCUGCCGGACGCGUACCUGCGCGCGCUGCUGCUGUUCCUGGCGGCGUCCGCGCCGGCCGCGCCUGCCCCGCCCUCCGCGCCGCCCGCCCCCUCGGCUGAGCUCGACGCGGUCUUAGCAGAGACCGAGAUGCGGCUGGAAGACCGCGUGGCCUUCGCCUGCGUGUAUUUGUCUGAUGCUAAGCUGCACGACUAUAUUCGCCGCACGACUGAUGAGCUGGUGGAGGCCGGCGACCUGUCCGGCAUCCUGCUCACCGGCGCGAGCCUAGAAGGCGUGGCGCUGCUGCAGCGCUGGGUGGAGCGCACGGGCGACGUGCAGUCGGCGGCGCUGGUGGCGGCGCGCUGCCUGCCGCCCGAGCUGCUGCGCGCCGACGCCGCCGCGGACCCCCGCGAGAGGUACGCGGCGGGCUGGCUGGGCGCGUACCGGCUGCUGCUGGACGGCUGGCGGCUGUGGUGGGCGCGCUCGGCGCUGGACACGUGCGCGGGCGAGGCGGGCGGCCGCCGCGUGGCCGUGGCCUGCUCCUACUGCGGCAAGUCGGUGGCCGCGCCGCAUGCCCGCCCCGCCGCGCGUCCUGCGUUUGCGCGUUUGCCGCCGCCCGCCGCCAAGAUGAAGCAAAUCUCGUCGUGCCCCAACUGCCGCAAGCCGCUGCCGCGCUGCGGCGUGUGCUCGCUGCACCUGGGCGGCGCGGCGCCGGGCGCGGGCGGCGGCGGCGGCCAGUUCGGCGGCUGGUUCAGCUGGUGCGUGGCCUGUCGCCACGGCGGCCACGCCGCGCAUCUGCUCGAGUGGUUCAAGGAGCACACGGAGUGCCCGGUGAGCUCGUGCACGUGCCACUGCAGCACGCUGGACCCGCCCGACUGCCCCUAGCGCGCACUGCACGCGAACGGCUAAGGACCGUAACACCUCAACACAACCAACUUUGUCCAGUCGACAGGCCUUCAGCUAUAGCUCGUUUCUUCCACGAAGACGCGCCCCACCAUUUCCGCUAAUGUUUGAGUGUUAUCGGUACACGCUAAGUCAUCCAUGAGUGCACACGCACACUACCAUAAAGACGCUCGAAUUACUCGGAUCAAACUCUCCGCACCCCGCGCUUCCCUCGACCAAACAUUGGUGGGGCGCGUCUUCGUGGAUGAAACGAUCUAUAUUCGCAGUGUGGUUCAUUUGGCACAACUUGCCCCAGGUGGG